UAUGAUGUAUUUAAUAUUAAUCAAUCGUAUAAAAAGUAUUUAUCGAUCGUAUUCACAUUAUUAUUCCCUGAGAAACAGACAAAUUUCAAAUAAACUUUGAAAAUGAAGCUUUUGGUUCUUUUGGUUGGUAUUAUUGUUGUCCAAGCUUCAGAUUAUGAACAAUGGCAAGAAUUCAAAGUGAAAUUUUCAAAGUCGCACUCAUUAACUGAAGAUAAGCUACGUUUCGAAAUUUUCCAAAAUAACCUACGCAGAAUCGAAAAACAUAAUGCCAUGUACGAAAAGGGAGAAGUAUCAUAUUUUAUGAAGAUAACGCAGUUUGCUGAUUGGACCUUAGAAGAAUACAAAUCGAUGUUAGGAGCUCAACUCAAUGGAGAACCAAAGUUUAAUCCCAUAGGGACAUUUAAAUCUGAAGUUAACUUCACCAGACCAGAGUCAAUUGACUGGAGACAAAAAGGGGCCGUAUUGGCAGUUAAGACUCAAGGACAAUGUGGUUCAUGCUGGGCUUUUAGUACUACAGGUGCUCUUGAAGGUCAACUUGCCAUUCAUCGCAAUCAAUAUAUUCCUUUGAGUGAACAGGAAUUAGUAUCUUGUGAUAAAAAUAACCAUGCAUGUAGUGGUGGUUGGAUUGAUGUUCCCUAUACAUACGUAAAACAAAAUGGUCUGAGUUCUGAAGAGCAGUAUCCAUAUACUGGCAACGAGGGUAGUUGUAUUAGCAAUAUCGCCAACAAACCUCUCACUUCUGUUCAAGGAUUUGUCUCGGUUGAACCAGACGAAGAAUCAAUGGCUGAUGCCGUUGCAACUGUAGGUCCAAUUUCGAUAUAUGUGAACGCUAAUGGUAAUUGGCAGUUAUAUGGAGGUGGUAUUUUCGAUGACAAAGACUGUGAUGAUUUUUAUAAUCAUGCUGUUAUCAUCACAGGCUACGAUUCUCAAUCCUGGACCAUCAAAAACUCUUGGGGAACGGGUUGGGGAGAAGAAGGCUACAUGAGACUCAUCAGAGGCAAAAGUCAAUGCGGUAUUACAGUCUUUCCUAUUUAUCCUGUACUAUAAUUGAUGAAUAAACUAGUAUGAAUUGA